GGAUAGUGUAUUACAUCGUCAUAGCUUUUAUCAAAGCCCCAUAUCUAACUAUCCUCUUGUUUAUUAUUCUAUGGAUAUUAAACAGCCCCGAGAUGCCCAAAAAGGGACCUAGAAGACGUAGGAGACGAGAGUUCAAGAGAGCGCUAUUCGAAACGCCGUCGCCCCUCGAUACCCAAAGGACCGUUGUAUACUUUAGCCAAUGGGGAGACAGUAUAUUUGCCCAAGCUCAUGACAGACAUGCUCAAUAGUACCUGGUGCCAGCCGAAAAGUCGCUUGAGCUUCUCAUCACUGAAGAAUGUUAGGGUUGGCGAUCAAGUUGAGACAGAAAGACUUGUUCAACGCCCAACAACGCUUCCUAGAUCUCAAUAAGGAUAUCUUGACUGCAAAAGAGCUCUCCACCAUGGCAAAUUGUGGGAGUGUGGAAGCUAUUGCCGAGUACAUAUUAGGAGACUUACUCCAACAACAAGGGAAAAAGACUCUCUUCAUUGUCGAUGAGCAUGGUGCUUUGUUUCCCGACAACGUACCUUCAGCAACAAGUAGGCUUCCUGUCCUGCGUUCUCUGGGUUGCUUCAGCACUUGGACGAGUGGUGUAAAUAGUGGAGUGUGUGUUGUGUUCACGAGCACUGCAAAGUUUGAAAGGUCCGUCCUCAGGAAUCCAGAUUAUGUCGUUGAUGUCGGGCCUUUGUCGCAAGACACGUUCGAAAAACUGUUUAAAAUUGCCAUUGCUCGUUUCACUUUGACAACCCAAAGGACUCUCGACAGUCGUAAGGACGCUGUUAUUAAGGUCACCAACCGAGUACCAGGUGAUUUGACCAGCUUGGAUCAGUUAAUACAAGGACGACAUCUCAUAGUGGAGCAGAUCGACCGCGGUUUAGAAGUAUACGACAAAGAACACUACGAUCUGUAUUCCAAAAACGCAGGGGAUUACUUCAACAAGCUCGAAGGACUCGUGAGGGAGCAAACUAUUGAAGCGCUGAUAAAAGUGCUCUUACCUGGGCUCCAGGGCCCACAACAAGGAAUUUUUGAAUGGGAAUUCCUUGAUUUAGGGUUGGUUUGUCCAGAGACUCAUACCGAUACCAUUUUUGGUUAGUCCGUUAUCAAUUACAAAAGGUUUAUUAAGUAGUAGACUUAUAAUUGACAAAGACCUCUCUAA